AAAUGAUUUCAAAAACAAGAACCUCUAUCAUUAAUGUUGUUAUUAUCAUAGCAAUUUUAUAUAAAGCAAAUAUUGUAUUAUCAGAUGACAAUAGUCUAAUUCCUGCUGAUAGAUCCCAAGUAGAUUCAUGGUUUAAUAAGAAUGUGGGUCCAUUAAAACAAAGAAAAAGUACCCUUGAACCUGCAUUGGUGGAUGCAGAGGCUGGUGCUAAGGUUAUUAAAGUAAUGAAAGAUGGUAGUGGUCAAUUCAAAACCAUCACCGAUGCCAUCAAUAGCAUACCUACUGGAAACAACAAACGUGUAAUUCUUAAGAUAGGUCCUGGAAAUUAUAAGGAGAAAAUAACAAUUGACAGGUCUAAACCUUUUAUUACAUUGUUAGGUACACCAAAAAAUAUGCCUAAUUUAACUUUUGAUGGUACUGCAAAACAAUAUGGCACAGUUGAUAGUGCAACAUUGAUUGUUAAAUCUGAUUAUUUUGUAGCUGCUAACAUCGCAAUAUCGAAUUCUGCCGCAAGACCUGAUGGAAAAAGGUCAGGCGCUCAAGCGGUUGCGUUGAGAAUUUCUGGCGACAAAGCAGCAUUUUAUAACUGCCAAAUAUAUGGAUUCCAGGAUACAGUUUGCGAUGACAGGCAUAACCAUCUUUUCAAAGAUUGCUUAAUUCAAGGCACAAUAGAUUACAUAUUCGGAAGUGGAAAGUCACUAUAUUUAAAAACUGAAUUAAGAACGCUUGGAACUAAAGAUGUGACAGUGAUAGUAGCACAAGCAAGAAAAAGUGCAUCAGAAGAUUAUAUAUACUCAUUUGUGCAUUGUGAUUUAACUGGAACUGGAACUCGCACAUUCUUGGGUAGAGCAUGGAUGUCUCGUCCCAAAGUCGCAUUUGCUUACUCAUCUAUGAGCAAUGUUAUUGAUCCAGAAGGGUGGAGUAACAACAUGCACUCUGAAUAUGACAAAACUAUAUUCUUUGGAGAAUACAAGAACACAGGACCAGGGGCAGCUACCAAAAAACGUGCAAAAUUCACAAAGCUAUUAAGUGAUGCAGAAGCUAAACCUUUCAUUACACUUGGAAUCAUUCAAGGAUCUAAAUGGCUGCUACCUCCUCCAAAUUUUUAAUUUUUUUCCCAUAUAAAUGUGAUUGCACCCCAUUUUGAGGGGUGAAUUUGUAAAAAAAUCCAAUUAAACACUUAGAUCUAAUUUAUUUUGGGGGCUUUUGCUUUCAUUUUAGGGUUGGAAUUCUCUGAUUGUCGAAUUCUCGAGUGCUAUGCAAACAAUUGAGUUCACUCAUGAGAAGAAUUGGCAUAAUGUUUGGUUGGAAACAGACUCUACGAUGAUAGUUAAAGCUUUCAAGCCUCCAUAUAAUGUGCAUUGGGUGGUUCGUAAUAGAUGGCUUAACUGUAUUUUUUUAGUCUUUCGAAAGAAUUUUGUUGUUUUUCAUAUUUUUAGAAAAGGGAAUAAUUGUACAGAUGCCCUUGCUAAUUUAGACUUAACUUUGACUGAUACUACUUUUUUUACUUUCAUUGCUAUAUUUCCGAAGGCAGAUUUUGUAAAGAAUAAGUUUGAUUUGCCUUUCUUUAAAUUUACUAAUUAUUGAGUGGAGUUUGGUAUAA